AUGGACAGGGGUGCGGAUGCUGUAGGUGGUCGGGACAGGCUUCGGGAGCGGCGAGACUUGAAGGAGGCUGGGAGGCAGGAGCAAAACCCAGAUGAACGGUCUCAGCCCAUGAUUCCAAAACACUCCUACUGGUUAGACCUCUGGUUCUUCAUCGCCCUCGACCUGGUGUUGUUUUUAGUUGUGUAUUUUAUGCCCUGGCGUAAGCUUAUUGUAUUUCAGGUUUUCUUCUCUGUGAUCUUGAUUGAUGUGGCAGGUUACAAAGCAGAAAGCAGAGGGUUGAAUGGGAAGGGUGGGCAUUUUUAUAAAAUUCUGAGGGAAGCCAUUUGA